CCAUCGUCAACCAUGCUUGCCGAAACAGAUCUCAACAAGCUUGAGAGGCAGCUCUCUGACUUCAACCUCGCAACAAAGGCCCGCAAACUGCUCAAAGACUACCGCACCUUGCGCAGUGAUUACGAAGAGGAGAAGGAGUCGCGCGAAAAGUACAAGAAGCUCGCUCGUGGUCAAGACAGAAACCCUUUCGUCCUCGUUCUUAUCGAUGCCGAUGGCUAUGUGUUCGAAGAUUCUCUGAUCAAAGGUGGUGCGGAAGGUGGUGUGAGAGCUGCAAACCUCCUUCAUGACACUAUCCGAGACAGGCUUUCAAGACGUGGCCAUGAGUACGAGAAUUGUAAAGUCAUGGUCCGCGCCUAUACCAAUCUCGCCGGCCUGUCCAAGACACUCGCGCGUGCAGGUCUUAUCGGUCAUGAGGCACGCUCCCUUAGCCCAUUCUGUUCAAACUUCACACGCGCUCAAGAUNCCUUCGAAUUCGUCGACGCAGGCGACAAAAGGAGANAUGCGGACAACAAGAUCCGUGAAAUGUUUCGCCUCUUCGUGGAAAACAACCAAUGUAAACACAUCUUCUUUGCCGGAUGCCACGAUACUGGUUACUUAAACCUGCUUACUCCUUACAUUUCGAAAAACGAUAAGAUCACUCUUGUCCGCGGUUCAUCAUUCAGUCCUGAAUUCAACCGCCUUGGACUUGGUAUUGACAAUCUCAAUGGUCUCUUCAACAACAACCNNCCCCUUGAUGGUUUUGAUACUCGACGACCUAUUCCCAAGGCUCCUACAGCACAUUCGCAAAUCACGACUGUGCCGAAUGGACAAUCUGGACCAGGUUCUAAUAAACAACCUGUCUGUACACACUAUCUUCGAGGCAUCUGCAGGUUUGGAAGUAGUUGUAAGAAGUCUCAUAACAAUGGUGGAGAUUCGUGGCGUCCAAACGAGCAGGUCUCUGGACAAGAAACGGCACAAAAGGAGACCACACAAUCGUCCUUCUUCUCAUCGUCUUCGUGGUUCAGCACACCUACACCAAGUAGUACGGACGUCGGUUCUUCUGGAUCUGGCGCCGCUUUGCCACACAACUCCGGUACUGGACAGCCCUUUCCUCCACCUCUGCCUGCUACCCAUCAUGAACACCCGUCCACGACUCUGCCAACGCAAACACCGGAGAAUGCCAAUCUGAUCCCUGUCAACAAAGCUGGACAAAGAUUGGACUUUCUGCUACCCACGCCCUCCACCGAAGAUUGGAGAGCCUACAACACUAGAGUUGCCCAACAAGGAAAACUUUGCAAUGAGUAUCAACUAAAAGGAUACUGUACAAAUGGGGGCGCGAACUGUAUCUGGGACCACAGCUCUGUUUCGGAUAACAUCAAGCUCGUUAUGAAACAUAUGAUUCAUUCCUAUCCAUGCACUCGCAAAGGAAACUGCCGUCGCAAAAACUGCAACAUGGGCCACAUAUGUUUCCGCGAGAAAUGCAGCACCGCCAAAAGUUAUGGUCCCUGUAAGCUCAAUUACUCGAUGCAUGACAUUGACCCUGUUGUUGCCGAGUGGGUACCAGCUGAGGCAGAUGUCGAAGUCUAUAACCCUGACUCUUUCGGCAUCACCUCUAGAGACAACAACCACAGCGAGAGAGAUAUUGCAUCGCGCCCAACUAGCGAGGGGCCUCAGAAUGAGAGCGAUAUCGAUUUGCAGUCGUAUGCGGAGCCUCAUCCAGAUGAUUUGGAUUAG